AUGGGGGUUAUAUAAGUGAAAUGUCAACGGUGCCAUCUUCUUCCUCCUGAUUUCUGAGAAGGUUGAGUAGUCGUCUUCUUUAAAGUUUUCUCCAACCAAUUCCCAUCAAACACUAGUACUAGUCCAACUGGUCAGGUCCCACCUCUAAUUACUAUUAUUUAAUCAAUCAAACUGGGUUAAAUCCCAAAGACUUCGUUCCUUUGCGACUAUGGACCAAAAGCAAUAGCAAGACCAUAAAGGAAGAGCUCCUGCCUACAAACAAGUGAACAACUCUGAAGGGCCGUUUGAGCAAAGAGAGCAACACCCAAGAAUCAUCAUGAACAAGGGAAGCUUAGGCUCUAAGCUCAAGCUUAGUCUUCCUCCUCCUGAUGAAGAUUCUAUCAAGAAGUUCCUGACUCAAAGUGGCACCUUUAUGGAUGGGGAUCUGCUGGUGAAUAGGGAAGGGGUUCGGAUCGUCUCUCAUAGAGAAGUUGAAGUUCCAGCCCCUAUUCAAGCAGCAGACAAUCAGAUGAUUUUAGCAGAUCUCUACGUGGUUAAAGUCAUUGGUAAAGGAAAUGGUGGGGUUGUGCAAUUGGUUCAGCACAAAUGGACUGGCCAGUUUUUUGCAUUGAAGGUAAUCCAAAUGAAUAUUCAGGAGUCUAUUCGCAAGCAGAUUGCACAAGAAUUGAAAAUUAAUCAAUCAUCACAAUGUCCCUAUAUUGUUGUAUGUUACCAGUCCUUCUAUGAUAAUGGUUGCAUUUCAAUUAUCCUAGAGUACAUGGAUGGUGGAUCUUUAGCAGAUCUUCUGAAAAAAGUCAGAUCAAUUCCAGAGCCAUAUAUUUCUGCUAUGUGUAAGCAGGUGCUGCGCGGUUUGUUGUAUCUUCAUCAUGAAAAACACAUAAUUCACAGGGACUUCAAACCCUCGAACUUGUUAAUAAAUCAUAGAGGAGAAAUUAAGAUAACUGACUUUGGUGUCAGUGCAAUAAAGGCGAACACCUCUGAACAGGCAAAUACUUUUGUUGGCACAUACAACUAUAUGUCGCCAGAGAGAAUACAAGGUAACAGCUAUAGCUACAAAAGUGACAUUUGGAGCUUGGGCUUAGUACUACUGGAGUGUGCAACAGGUAAAUUCCCAUAUACACCACCAGAUCAAAGUGAAGGAUGGGAAAACUUUUUUGAGCUUAUGAGUGCUGUUGUUGACUUCCCACCACCUUCUGCACCUUCCGAUCAGUUUUCUCCAGAGUUCUGCUCAUUUAUUUCUGCAUGUGUACAGAAAGAUCCUAAAAAGAGAUUGUCAGCACAUGAUCUCCUAGUGCAUCCUUUUAUCAGCAUGUACGACGACUUGAAUAUCGACCUUUCGUCUUACUUCGCUGAAGCAGGAUCUCCACUUGCAACCUUUUAAACCUAUCUGGGAAUAAUUGGAUCAUGAUAGGAGUCAUCUGCUCUCUUGCUGCUUAUUCCAGGAUGGGGACUGCCUAGGUGUUGGGGACGAGAAGGUAAUGCCGGAAAAUCAAACGCGCUGCCGAAGGCUGUUGAUCACUUCUUUUCAUUGUUAGUUCCCUUUGGUAGCGAGAGGGAAUCCCGUAAUGGACAAAUUAUUGUUAAUGCUUGGAAUGUUGGAUUUUUCACUACUUGCUAACUGUUACAUUUGCAGCUGAUUCUAGAUGACAGCUGAGCUACUAUGCCAGUUUGGAGUAAUAGUUUUUUACAAAUACUACAAUACAAAGCAAUUCUCUUCAUUGAUCA